AUGAGCUUGGCCUCUGCACAGGCUCUGGGCAGCGGUCUCUCUCUUCAGGAGGCACAGAGACAGGAGGUUCAGGCAGAGCUGCAGCUACUCCAGUGUUGGGGCGAGGGAGCCUUGGGCAUGGGGAUGGAGCUGGACGUGGCGAACAAACGCCACGAGAUGGAGGAUGCGGAGGACCAAGAGAAGGAGCGGGACACGAAAUGGGCCAGACCGGAAUCCAAGGGUGGUUUCGGCCGGGGAGGGCGCGGAAAGGGCAACCAGCAGGGCCAGCCCAAGAAUCCAGGCCCUCGCAGACAGCCGAUUCGCAGAUCGACAGAGGCAGACACCAGAGCCCCGGAGGGAAUGAUGUGGCUGCUGGGCAAACUCCUUCUACGCCACGAGGACCAAAUGGGAAUAGACAGGACUCAGAACGGCUUUGUCAUGUUCUUCAAGAAAGAGAGUGCUCUCUCUCUGGUUCUUUUGUUCGUGCAGAAAUCUCAGCACUGGCACGCCCUGAAAGAGCAGAAGCAGGAGAAGAUGGACGAGAUUGCAAUGCCUCUGAGGUCCUUCCUACUGCACACCAUGCUGGAGACUCUCGUGAAGAGAAUCAAGGAUACAGUGAAGAACGAGGAGCAGCUGAAGACAGCCACCACCCUACAGGUGUUCUUGCCGAAGGAGGGAGAUCUAGAGCUUCGCAUCCCCUUCUUGAGCUACAAUCCCGAGACCAAGGCUCUGGUACCCCGUCAGGAUCAGGAGCCCAUCUACGUCUCCAAGAUGCUCGAGAAGCUGCAACUACUCCAGAAGCAGUGUCUCUGUCCUCUGGCCAUCAUGCGCUUCCAUUCCACCCAGCGCCUCAAUGGCCCACUUCAAGGACCCACGGUCCCCUUCCUCCUCCAGGUGGGUUUUCGGUCGCCGGAAGCGGCCGAGCUCUAUCUGAGCCCUCCGAUCACUGGCCAACUCAGCAAUCUGGCAGCUGGUGGGCGGCUCCUUGCGCCCAGAGAAGAUGGGCCGCUCAGCCCUUGCAGCCGAGCUCGCCCGUCGCCUGCAGGGGUCCUGCACUCAGACUGCCUCUAUGUCCAGACACCUGCGCUACUCCGCAUCACGAAUUCCUCCAAUCACUGCUAUGCUAAUUCGGUUCUCUGCUGCCUUCAUUGGGCCAACCAAUUGAUUUGCUCCUGUAUGGCCCGUCCUCAGGUGAUAUGGUCUGAGGCCAUGCAUUCAGUUGUGCGGCGAAUGGUCACACAGGCGCCUGCUCCAGACCUUUGGUCCUCCCUUCAGUGGUCGCUUCUUCAUACUUCCUGGACCCGCCCACACUCUCAGCAUGAUGUGGCUGAGUAUCUUGUCUUCUGUCGCAGGUUUGUCAUUCCGGACCUGCUCAUGGGCAGGUGGCAAAACCGCCUUCUCAUUGCAGAUGACAACCAUCCCCGCUGCCAGGUGCGCGACUGUGGAGACGCAUGGCCCAUGAUCAAGCAGCUGCUGGUCUCACUGCCCUGUCAAGUUAAGGCUGAACUUGUGAUCGGGCUGCUGGGCUCAAAGAUGAAUGUUGCUCAGGUGCUUGGGUCCUUUUCUCAGGGCUUGAGCUUUGUGCUUCAGGGUUCCUCGACCAAUUGGUGGGGUCUUGCGUGCCCUGCACAUUGUGCGGGUUCGGUCACCUUGCUGAUUCUGGCCCUGAUCACAGGAACCUGCGCUGGAUUUGUCCUGGCCCUUUGGAUUUUCCGAUCAGCCCUCUUUGCUCCCUCGAUUCAUCCUCUCUUUGACUUGCCUGGAACUUCUGAUCCGGACGCCGUUGAUAGCCUCCGUCUGGCUAUCGAGGAGCUCGAGGAGGGCUCUGACAAUUGGGAGGUCGUGGACGACGGCCCUGCCUCCUCAUCUUCCUUUCCGGGCCCUCGGGUCGGGGAUCCCUUGCCUGGGGCUGGACUUCAGGCCGGUGCGGUGCUCCGCGGAGACCAGAGGGUUCGAGUCUUCACAACCUUUGGCAAGUUCAAGCAUUUCACAGGGCCUUUGGAAGGCAGCGGAGGCCUGACUUUGGACUGGCCGGCCGUGCCUCCCCGGUCUUGCGUUUUCGUGCCUCUUGUGGCCCGUCAGGGAGGUAUUUUGGCAGCCGUAGCUGCAGACCUUGCCGAAGAGCAGGAGGAUGGCUCCCUGGCUCCCACAGGGCCGGUGGAGGUGGCUUCUUUCGACCCCGCGAGUCCUCACCUGCAGCUCCACCACCCUGCGGCCCUUCAGCUUGCUCGCACCUGGAUUGCCUCCGAGGAGGGUCCCGCUCCUUCGGAGGCGCCCAAGCGCCGCCCAGCUCCGAAGCCCAAGAGGCAGACCAACGCUCAGCUGGCCGAUCAGCUGAACAGCCUGGUGGAAAUGCUUCCCACGUUGACCCGCCAAGUCCAGGAGGAGGACUUAGGAGAGCUUGGGCUGGACGAGGCCACAGGAGUAGGCCAACAGGCCUUGAGACGGCUUGCUCCUUCAGAGCCGGCCCCGCAGAGCCGCGAGGAUUUGGUGUCCCGAAGGCCGCUGUUCACUUUAUAUGCGGAGCGCUUCGGAGGGUUUGGUUCUCAACGCGGUUUAGGGAGAAUGUUCUGGCUCGUCUGCAAUAUCCUGGACGCUAUGGUGGCCGGAGAUCACACAGGAGCCGAGGAGAUGGCUGCCCUAGCGGCAAUAGCCAUAGAACAGGCAGCUCAGGAUGCAGGGUCAUGGGACGUGGCAUACCUUUUGACUUUGAUGGAGGAUCCACCUCACCAGCUCUUUGCUCACCGGCCACAGUCUCAGAAUCCCCGUCUUCGAGCUUUCGGGGGCCUGACGCCACAGCCUUGGGCCACAACCACUUUGUCGUACAUCCGCGAGAUCGACACGAUUCAGUCGAGAAGGACGGAGGCCACGUCUUCGAAGGCAAAGGCCGGAGCCCAGGACACCGAGACCCCAGCCAAGCCAAAGAGGAGCCUGCCCAGAAGGCUGCUGGGGUUGACCCUCCUUUUCUUCCUGGGCCGCGGGUCCCGUGUCGCUGCGAGGCGGGUUGCGCAUGUUGCUGUGAUGGCUUGCAACUUCCUCUUUGCCGGGGCCUCUCCUGUGCCACUCCGUUUGCUGACCCACCGGCCAAACAAAGCCCAGGCUUCGGCCAUUGCAUAUGUGUACAAGCUUUGUAGGGCGUGCGGUGCCGUUGAGCCUUUUGUCGUUGGCUCAGCUGGGCGCCGAAAUCUCAACCUUCUCUCUUCCCUCGGGCAAUUGUGCGAUGCCCUCACUGUGGCCGGUCCCUCUGGUGACCCCUACGGGCCCCUUUUCCAUGGCGUCGCACCUUCUCAGCUCUCCGAGGUCUUGCAGGACACUCCUGCCUGCGGGGACGGUCAGUGGGACCCUGUCCCUUUCCUCGGCACGGAUCCUGAUCUGCAGAUGGCAUGCCUUGAGCCCGACUUGCUUCUCACUUCUCUCACUCCCAAGCCCGAGGAGGUGCCUGAUCUCACCCGGGAGGACCCUCAGGAAGCGCUCCUCCUCGCGCUCAAGUGGGCCGACAAAGAUCUCCUCUAUCUGAAAGAGGAUUACGGUGAUCAAGUGUCGGAGUUCGACGCAGUCCGGGUUUUCAACUGCUCUAAGAACAGCGAGUGUGAUCGCCAGAUUGGUGACCGGCGAGCCCGAAAUUUUCGGGAGCGUCGGCUCCGUGGUCCCAGCGUUUCCUUGCCAUGUGGACCUGUACUUCUGGGCAUGUACGCCAACCCUGCCACCACUACGGCCAGGAUCGCCAUAGCUGAUCGUAAAGAUUUUUAUCAUCAGCUGGGAGUAGGCCCUCGAAAAGCCAGGCACAAUGCGUUGUAUCCGGCCUUACCGUCCGAAGCUUUGGUCGGCACCGUCGCUUUCGCUGACUUGGUCUCCAGACGCUGUGCUCCUUCCAAGCGGGCAUCACUCCUUUGUGCCCCCCGGGACUGCGGCAAAGUCGUUGCAUGUUUUCAGGCCAUCUUUCAAGGCGACCACCUGGGAGUGGAGAUAGCCACGUGUGCCCACAGGAACCUCCUAAAGGAGAACGGUUUGUUAGGAGGGACCGAGGAGCUGCUUGCCACACAGGUUUUUCCUGAAGGUUCGGUCUUCCAAGGCUUGGUGAUAGACGACUUCUACUGCGUGUCACUUGAAAGCCCUGGCCUCCCUCCAGAGAGUUCGGCCGCCGUCCUUCGUCUUGACCAGGCCCUUGGCAUUUAUGCGAAGGACUCUCUGCUUGGCUCCUCUGAGAAGGAUGUGCGAGGGGCGGAUUGCGCGAAAAUCGCAGGGGCCGAACUUGAUGCCAGUGUUGGCACCCGGCGAGCUGGCAUGAUCCUUGCUGGGAGUCCUCGCUCAAAGCGUCUUUCGCUCGCCUCGAUUUCCCUUUCUCUUGCCAGCCUUCCUGCAACCAGUCCUGAACUUCAGUCAUGCCUUCUUGGGGGCUGGGUUUCGGCUUUCAUCUACCGGCGUCCUUUGAUGGCCGUCUUCGCAAAGUCUUUCGGUCUGGGCUCCUCUUCGAGGGAUGCCGCCUUGGAUUCUGCGUCCGACCUUGUUGACCACAUGCAUGAGGACAGGCUUCAGGCAGGCGAGCUUUCUCAUGACGGCCGUGUUGAGGAGGAGGCUUACGAACCUCAGGGCCGCGGCUGGGUUGUCGGGCCCAUUCUGCAUUUUGAUUUCUCCCCGCAUUAUGACGUUAAGGGCCUCGAAUUUUACCGCUGGCUCCUUCAUUUGCUGAAAUUCCGGUCCUUGAUGUUAGCACCGUCUCUUGCAUGUUCGGUGACCCAGGGCACGGGCCAACUGUUCCUAUCCAUGGCGGGGCUGCCUCUUUGCCUGGUCUCGCCGGUGCCAUUGCGGAUGUUUUCUCGAGGGGCCUCUGCCGAAGGCUUCAGCAACUCGAUUGCUUCGACCUUGAGGCCUUUGGUCAAUGAUCUUGCGCUUGGCCUUGAGUGGCAGAAGGUGUCAGCCUGGCACUGGACAAAAGCCUCUCAUAUCAACUGCUUGGAGACUGAGGCUUAUUUGAGGCUCUGCCAGAAAAAGGUCUCCAUCCACUGCCCUGAUGAAGAUUCUCCGGAAGGUCUCAGCAACCUCUUUAGGCCUUCCUUGCUUUCUUCUACUGAGUCUGGGCUCAUCGCUGCCCUUCCGAGGCUUGGCCGCUGGGCUUCGAAUUGGGACCGUUACGCCAAGAUGCCUUCCCUGACCUAUGUUCCUCCUCCUUUUGGGCUACAGCUGAGAUUGGGCAGGCCGCUUCCUUCUGGCCGACCAGUUGAGCGAGUCACUCAGAGGAAUCGCGACAAGCUCUGGGCAGGCUUCCUGUCCUGGGCCAGCCAACAAGGAAUUCCAGAGGGUCUUUUUGAUGAGGGUCCCUUUGUUGAUGUCGACAGCAUCAAUGCAGUUCUGGCGAAGUUUGGCAGAGAGCUUUAUGCUGCUGGGAGGCCUUACAGCCACUUUUCUGAAACUGUUAACGCUUUGGCGUCCCGGCUGCCAAAGGUCCGAAGGCUCUUACAACCUGCUUGGGAUGUUGCUUUUCAAUGGCAAAGGAUGGAACCACAUGUUCACCAUCAAGCUAUGCCUUGGCAAAUCCUGCUUGCUCUUCUGGCUUCUGCCCUCUGUUGGGGAUGGCUGGACGUGGCAGGUAUCCUGGCACUAGCUUGGGGAGGCCUUGCUCGGAUAGGCGAGGUCUUCGCGGCAAAACGGGGUGACCUUGUCCUCCCAGAAGACACUGGUGAGUCUUCUGGCUACAUACUUUUGUCUGUUAAGGAACCGAAGACAAGGAACACUGCCGCUCGACAUCAAGCUCUUCGCCUUGACCAACCUCAGCUUGUCGAGCUCGUUGCUUUGGCUUUUCGGAGGAUGGUGCCCCUCCACAAACUUUGGCCAAUGUCUCCGAGCUCGUUCCGAAGUCGCUUUGCAAAACUCGUUUCCGUUCUGCAGCUUGACCUUUUGGAGGGCACAGGCAUCAAGCCCCUCGAUUUAGGCUCUUUGCGAGCCGGCGGGGCGACAUGGUUAUUGCAAGCAACUGAAGAUGGAGAGCUGGCUUCCGAAGCCGGUGAAAGAAAGAGUCCUUCUGGCAGCUUCUUCUUUCCCGUCAAUGCUAAAGCAGGCUUCGAGCUUUGUGGCUUCUGGUUUUCCUGGGCACACUUGGCCGGUGACUUGUGCAACAGCGCACUUGUACCACUGUUCGAGGAGGCUGAACUUGUGAUCGGGCUGCUGGGCUCAAAGAUGCCCUCCCGCCACGCCCGCCUACCAACGGCCGGUGACUUGUGCAACAGCGCACUUGUACCACUGUUCGAGGAGGUGCAAAACGACGUUCUGUUUAGUACCACGGCAAAUGGGGCCAAGGAUGUCACGCGUGUGCUGCCGGAUCCCCGCAUCUUGCUACCAUGCUUUCAGCAUCGCCCUCUUCCGCAUGACUCCGCCCUUACUGUCCGAUACUGCGAGUAUCAACUGAUUGCAGUGAUUUCACAUGAGGGUCUAAAUGCAGCCUCCGGUCACUACCGUGCCCUCCUCUGCACAUAUCCUCCGGAUGCGGAACCGACCUUCUGGCAAUGCGAUGACUCAAAAGAGCCGAUCAUCCAGUCCGAGAUGUUUUCGCAUACCUUGACCACUGGAUAUUUGUAUUUCUACUGCCGUACCAUGCAGUCUACAGCGGGAUGGGAUGCUUUGACCGAGCAGACAAGAGACUCCGUCGCGUGCGUUUUUCUUUGCAAGCCGGAAGAUGGUCUCAGCCUCAGUGCACAGAUCUUGUUUCCACAGCAGUCAGCCUUUGUUGCUUCUUCGAAAGACUGGGCACUUGGGCCGCUUUUCGUGGGAGGCUUUGGCCGUCAUUGUCCGGAUCCCGACAACGAGACCUUUUGUUUGUGUUACAAGAUCUAUGGCCAGUCGAAGCCGUGGGGCUGCUAUUGGUACAAGCGGUGGAAGGAGAAUGUUCAGAGGGCGGUAGAGCAGAAGCAGCGGCUGAAGGCUGUGUUCUUUGCUGGUCAAGUCGGCAUGGGCAAGGUUGACAUGGCGGAUCUGCCCAUGGUGGACCUUUGGAAUGGGAUCGGACUAGGGGGCUCUCAAAAGGCUGAACUGGCUACGGCUGACGAAGAGGGAUGGCAGUACGACGAGGUCGACGUUUCCACACUGCUCGAAGCAGCAUUCCCAAAGGGUGCAGAAGUCGAUGCUUGGUGCGAUGAUGCAAAAUCGUGGCGAAGGGGAAGGAUUGAGAAGUUCAGGAAGGACUUGAGCAAGGAUGGUCAGAAACAGGUAUGCUGGACAGUGCGAUGCGAGACGGGUGAUGCGAUCGACACGUAUCACGUGAUGGACGCUGUCAUGUCCAUGCGCCGGGUCCUGGACUGUCUCGGUCCACGGCUUAGCUGUCUAAGUGUUAGCAUUUCAGCUGUGGCCAUAUAUCAGGUGCAUCCCCGGACCACUGCCACUCGCUCGCAACUGCCACCCACCACCACCUCCACCCGCGUCCGCUGA